UUGAAAUUGUGGGAGAAGCGGAGUAAGAGGGAGCAGUAUGUCUGCGGAAGUCCCCGAGGCAGCCUCUGCAGAGGAACAGAAGGAAAUGAAAGAUAAAGUGACUAGUCCAGAGAAAGCUGAAGAAGCAAAAUUAAAAGCAAGGUAUCCUCAUCUGGGACAAAAGCCUGGAGGUUCCGAUUUUUUAAGGAAACGAUUGCAGAAAGGGCAAAAAUAUUUUGAUUCUGGGGUUUACAACAUGGCUAAAGCAAAAAUGAAGAACAAGCAACUUCCUACUGCAACCCUGGAUAAGACAGAGGUCACUGGUGACCACAUUCCCACUCCACAGGACCUUCCUCAACGGACACCAUCUCUUGUUGCUAGCAAACUGCCUGGCUGAUUAAAAAGAGCUGAACUGCAUGAAUCUUCUAAUUCCCAUUAUUUCUCAAUAUGUUACUCCUCUGCUUUUAAUUUCCUUUUACUCCCUAUGUCAUUUGAGAGUGAUGGCUUUGCAGGUAGUGGUAGUGUGUGCUGCUAUUUUAAGGGAAUAUACAUGUGUAGAGUUUUUGAUUAGUUUAACAGUGCACUGAUGAAAAGAACAUGUUAGAGCAACAUAAAGUAAUCUACUUGAAAAUAAUUAUAUAUAUUACCUAACUCCUAGUGUAGGGAUGGAUCCAACAAGUAACUAACAAGUUUUGCAGUUUUAAUGUUGGCUCUUUAAUUCAUCUUAAUUAUAGCUUUGUAUGUUACUCUUAUUUAAUAUAACCUCUACUGUUGGUUUCUUCUGGAUUUUCCUUUUGGGUUUUGUAAACAGAAGUUUAAGACCACAAGUUAGAAGAGAGGUCACAUAUUUCAAACACAAAUAAAUGGGGCUCCAAAAGA